GACAAGUUUUCAAGUUUGUGCGUUACUGCGUAAACAAAUUGUCGAAAUAAUUCAAAGCAUCAAAGACUUGAAAAAAACCGGGUUUGAGCGGAAAGGUCUUUUAUAUUGUCACCUUUUAUCUGAAACAGCCUUCACUGUCCAAGCUCACUUAAUCUUGGUGAAAGACUUGGUUUAAUGCUUUAUAAAUAUUUAUGGCAACUCCUAGUUUGAAGAAGGGUACAUCUAAUUCAGACCUGUUAAACCGAACAGUUACCACAAAUUCUAACCCAGUUAGAGCAUUUUAUGAGUUACCUGAGGGUGCGUCAACAUCUGCUCAAAUAGUCAAAGAAUCAAGAGAUUGGCUUCGUUCUGUUUCAACAUGUAGGCCAUUUACACCUAAAGAUAAAACAAGAUCACUAUUAAACACAUUACAAACAAGAACUGGCUACAGACCACCAAGCGCUUUCAAGGUUACAGCAAAAUCUUUUGAUCCUUAUGAAACAACAAGCAAAUCGAAUAUUCAGUUGGAACCAAUUCAUAUAAAAGUAGGAAAAAAAUAUUCAGAAACCGUCAAAGCUUAGUAAAAUUGAAAUGAAACUUAACGUGAAACGAAAAUCUAAACAUCUUGAUGAUCGAAUUCAAGUUCGUCACUCCGCAACAACAUCUCAAUCCAGUGGGCCCAUGGAAGAAUCUGUUUUGACUGACAGUCAUAAAAAUUCACCACGUCUGGAACUUAUUGGCACACAGACUCGCUUGAUCUCCCCGAUAAGUGUUAAGCGUUCAGCUUGUUCGGUUAUUAAAUCAGAACGAUGCGCCGCUCAAAAGUCUCCAUAUGGUAGUUGUACCGAACUUCAGAUGAUGUCAACCAAUGAAAAACAUUUACAAAAUACUCAAAUGGGAAUAAAUAAAAAUAAGGAUAUCAUCUCAAACAAUAAUUCUAUUCUACCUGAGAAAUAUUCUUCCAGUAAUAAAAUAACAACAAAGAUUUCUGUAUAUCCUUAUUAUCUUAAUCCUCCUGAAUUGUCAACAUUAUCUUCAAUAGAUGAUAAUCAAUCAUUUCGACCGAAUAGUCCAAUUGAUUCAUUUCUUCUAUCGAAUAGAACAAUUUUAACUAGUGAAGAAGAAGAAAAAGAGAAACAUCAAUUUAGAUCUAAUGGUAUUCGAUCUGAUGUUACUGGAACAAAUACAAAUAGAGAAUUUACUAAAUUAAUUGUCGAUGAGAAUAAACCUAAAUCUUGUGGUCCACAUAAACGUUCAGUCAAUUACGAUGUAACUAAUAUAAAUUUACGUGAUAAAUUUCAAACAUCUGUUUCCAGUGAUUCUGGUUUGUCAUCCGUUACAGAACUGGAUAAUUUAAUUUACCAAUUAAAUGAACUGUCAUUGCCAACAUCAACGAUAAAAACAGAGACAUUAGCAUCAUCACCUUCAUCAUCCUGUAAAAAUUUACAGAAUUCUAAAACAUUUGAUUCGCAAGUAUUGUUUAAAGACAACAAUGAUUCAUCGGUUCAGGAACAAUACCAAAAAUUAAGUGAAGUAAAAAACAAAGUUAAACCUUCAACAAAAAAUAUUCAACAAUCGAUGAACGAAGAAGAAACUGUUCAUUCAAGUUUAAUAACAAAUAAAUUAGACGAAAAUGAAGUCACAGAUUUAUUAGAUCGUAUACAAAAUUGUGUCAGUGAAUUUGAUUUGGAGGGGAAUAGAAAUUGGUCAAACCGUUCAAUGUUAUUGAAAGCUGUAUUCAACUUAAUUAAUUAUCCUUCAUCAAGGAUACAUCUAGCCGUAGCUAGAUUGAUCUUUACAAUGAAAGUAACUGGGAAAAAUUUGUUAAACAUUUGUAAAAUUGUCUACAAAGUAGCUAAAAAUGCAGAUAAUGAUUGCUUAUUUCUAGAGAAUCCUAAUACCCUUGAUGUUUUAAUUGAUGCUCUACAUUUGUUAGAAUUGUCCAUUAUGCCUUUUUCCAUUUCCUCAUCUGUUGCCUAUCCGUCAACAGUACCAGUAACCUCAUCGUUAUCACCGAAGUCGUUUUCAAUGAAUAAUUUGUUUCAAAACUCAACAUUAUUUUGUAUACAUUUAGAAAGUUUAUUAUUUUUAACUGGAACAAUAAAGUUCCUUAUAAGUAAUAUAAAUUUUAUGCACAAAUUUCAUUCCAAUUCAAGCUUUUUACCAAAUUUAAUGACUAUUCAUAAGCAUAUAUAUGAAAUGUUAAUUUAUUUCCUGAAGAAUAAGAAAUAUUUUUGUUCAGUGAAUACUGUUAAAAAAGAAGAGCAACAUAAUAGCAAUGAUGAUAAUGACGGUGCUAAUAAUAAUGAUGUAUAUGGUAAUCAAAUUAAUAAAUUUAUACAACAUGCAUAUCAUAUCAUUAUACAGGUCACAGAGAUAUUUUGUUAUUUAAGCUCAAUGGAUUCAUUUCGUCCUAAACUAAUUGCAAACGAUGGAAUAUUGCAACAUAUUGUAAAUUGUAUAAUCAGUUAUGAAGAAUCCGAUGACAAAAUGUUGAGGAAAAGUGAUGGUACUCCCACUACUUCUGCUUGUAUAACUACUAACAAUCACGAUGACCAAAGUGAAAUGGAAUUCAACUUUUCAGAAUUUUAUACUAUUUACUUCAAUUGGAUUAGAUGUUUAUCUCAUUUAACAGAACAUGCAGAUGUUUGUCAUUAUUUGGAAAAUUGGGUAAUUCCAUCUAACAAAGAUAUGAAUAUCAAUUUAACAACAAAUAUGAAGCCGAACGAUUCAAUUAAUAUAUGUCACAUUUUAUCAACACAAAUUACAGCAUUGUGUUAUGCUUUAACCGAUUUCAUAUACAUUUUUGAAGAAAAACAUGAACUUGUUGUUAGGAUAGCCUAUGUACUUGGCAAUCUGGCAGCUAAAUGUGAACGUGCACGUAUAGCGAUAAUACCUAAUCAAGAUUCUUUGCUGAAACUAUGCAAUUUAUGUUAUCGAUAUAAUGAAAUACAAAAGCAUAUUCAUCAAUCUGAUCAUUAUACAAACAGAACUAAUUUGAAUAAAUUAAAAAGUUGUACUGAAUUUAAUAACACCGAUUUCCUAAAUAAUGCUUUGACAGAUAAACUAAAUAAAUCUGUCAAAUCAACAUAUUCAUUACAAUAUGAUAUACUGGUGAAAUUACUACGGGUUAUAGCAAAUGUUAGCAUUAGUAAUACGGUUGGAUUGAUAUGCACAGAAAACUUUGAUUGCAUAAAUUUAAUCUUAGAAUUUAUUGAUAAUCAAUCUAUUGGUGAACCUAAUGAAUUACUGCUAAACUGUUUUGCAUGCUUAAACAACUUGACUUACUACAUAAAACAAGAACUUACUGAUCAGUCUGUUACAAAACAAUGUGAAAUAGCAGAAAGUUUAUUACGUGUAAUAAUGAAGACUAGCGGUUUUCAAGAUGAAUUUCUUGGUAUAAUACGUGUAUUUGGCAAUCUUACACGGCAUACAGCAAUAAGGCAAUGGUUAACUAAUAAUAGCAGUCGAUUAUUACAAGUCAAAUAUUCUUCACUUUUCAAUGGCAUCAGUCCAAUCAGUAGUAUUAAUAGUAAUAUUACAGAAUUGAAUAAUUUAAUUCAACAGAAUGCUUUUCUAUAUUUGGUCAUACAAGCGUUGGAUUCUCCACGACCAGAUAUUGUUUAUAGUACAUUAGGUGUAUUGAUUAACUUGAUGACAGAUUUGGACCAACGACCAAUGUUAAGGAUAAUGGGAGGUCUAUCAAAACUCAUAGAAAUUCUUCGUGAUUUUGCUGGACAUGAUUGGGAGUUAGCUGGAUUAACGUGUAAAACAUUAUGGAAUUACACAGAAGUGGUUGAUAAUUCACAGGGAGAAAUGUUCGAUCAAGAAUUAAUGAAUGAGUUGCUAAGUCUGCUAACCAAAUUUACCGCUAUUUUCACUAGCUUGAAAACAUUGAGUGAGAUUGGUUCACAUUGUUACUGAAAUCUGCUUCGCCAGUUUACAAUAAAUUGUUUUGAAGCUAAGUGCAUUUUAUAAAUAUUUUGUUCACCUAUAUUUUCAAUUUGCCAAAAUAUUCUGUUGUCGUUAUCAACGGUCAUCGAUUUUAUGCGUAAAGUUCAUUCCACCUACUUCUGUUUGAACGGCAGUGUGGUAUCAAUAGACCUCAGCUAUCAUAUUUCUGAUCUGAAAACAGGCUCUUGCAUUUAAUUACUAUGCAACAACUUUUACACCGCGAUAAUCUUCAUGAUUUCAUUUAGAACUUUGACUAUAAUUUUCUAGGAUCACAGUCCCCGAAAUACCACUUACAAUCACAUCAACCUUUUGACACUGAAUUUAUUGAUUACGUAGUAUCAUAAUCUUGUCUUAAUUUGUUGAACCUAUCAUUAAUAUCUACCAUAAUUGACUUUAUCGACAGUUAUGAACCUGGUAGAAAUUAUUAUCUGUUUGUUAUAAAUCAUAAAAAUCUUAGCAACAUGUUCCUUUGAAAUUGUAUAAUUAAUGAUUCAUUCUAUUGGAAAUAAUUUCUCUCGAAAAUGACAUCAGUUGGAGAACCAGUUAAAAUCGAGAAGCACAAAAUAACUUUCGAAUCUUGGUUUGGGGUUUAUCAGAAAUCCACAUGCACUCAGGUCUUUCAGACUUCUCAACGACUAUGGAAUAUCUGAUAAACUAGUCGAAGUUUAACAGUUUAUAUGGUUUGUUGACUCGAUGAAAUAACUCAUAUAAACUGGUCUUUUAUUUUAAGUUUUUCAACGGUUAUGAACGUGUAGUCUCACUUGUAAUCUACAAAGUUUCUAACGAAAAUAUAAUUUAACUAGAUUUAUUUAUUCAAGAUUGUUCUUUAGACUGAAGAUUGAAACAUUGUGAUGAUGAAAUUUUUCCACAUAAGUUUAUUAAAAAGUUGGCAUAUCCGAGCUCAACUAAAUCUGAUAGUGAAGAUAGUUUUUAAACCCUGAAAAAUAAAGAUACACGGCGUGGUCAGACAAUUGUUUUUCGGGUCAUUUCAUUCAUUGAGGUUUAUUGAAAUACUUUCUUUAUAUUGAACAUAAUAUAUUAGUUGUUUGUCAUUCAUGUAUAUUUUAUAUAUGUUUGUAGAUGCUGAACUUAUUGAACAAAUACAUAAAUCAUUAUUAUCAAAUAGUUUGGUAGCUGAAUCCGAUUGCUUAUUACUGUGGGAAUCUACAUGGUCUAAUGAAUUUCUUCCUUUUGCAAAUGAACUUAUUUAUCGUUUGUCAAAUGCGUCACAAUAAAGUUAUUUUAAUUCACAAAAAACACCCAUUCUUUUUCAUUUACCACUUCAGUGGACUGCAAUACUGUGGUUUGAGAACAAAAACAGUUAACAUUAUCAAGAUAUCAUUAGUGCGUGAAAACUAGAUUCAUGUGAUAUAUUUAAAUGAAGGUUACUUUAUAUUACAGAUAAACCUAAUAACUGCCUAUAUUUCUUUAAUAUUAUUCAUAACCAUCUGUUCACUUUUUUUCACAUGAACAUAUUCUGCUCAAUUUCACUUAAUGCUGAUAUAAUUUUCACUGAAGUUUUGAUAUUGUUUAACCGGAAACCAUUUCUUACAGUUCAACUAAUUCCUUGUAAUAAUAUCACUUAAAUAAUAAACAUUUCUACCAUUUAUGCUAAGCACAAUAUUGAUUGUUAUUAGUCCUGAAAGAUUUGUCAAAGAAGAUAUUACCGCGGAUAUUACUGACCGUUUAUUUUAAGAAACAAACAAACAUUAUUCAUCUGAGAAUUCUAAACAUUCAGUCUCGACAUUUGUAUGAUUCAUUUCCUUGUACUGUUUACUUUUGUAUUUUGUUAAUUUCAUUGAUAGGUUACAAAGACUUUUAGUUUUCUAGUAUCUGAGUUAACUUUACGAAUCUAUGAAACCUCAGCAGCUGAAUAUCAGUCAGAUAUAUUAUAUACUGCUUAUUGAAAUUAUGAUAAAUACACUUGGCUCUCUC